AUGGCCACCAAGCAGGACCCACUGUACCUGCAAGCAUUUCGGUUCGCACAGGAUGUUGCCACAGGAAGGCAUUGGCUGUCCAGGCUGAUCCCACCCGUGCUGAUUCUCCUGGAUGCAGUCUUGUGUGUGCUCGUGAUUGCCAAGGUGGCCUACACCGAGAUUGACUGGACUGCCUACAUGGAGCAGGUCCAGCUGUUUCUCGACGGAGAGAGGGACUACACAAAGAUCGAGGGCGGCACUGGUCCUCUGGUCUACCCUGCUGCCCACGUCUACGUCUACACCGGCCUCUACCAUCUCACCAACCACGGCAAGGACAUCCUUCUGGCCCAGCAACUCUUUGCUGGGCUGUACUUGGUGAACCUGGCCGUGGUCAUGUCCUGCUACUGGAAGGCAAAGGCUCCGCCCUACGUCUUCCCCCUGUUGAUUCUCUCAAAACGCCUGCACAGCAUCUUCAUGCUCCGCUGCUUCAAUGACUGUUUUGCAGUCUUCUUCAUGUGGCUGUCAAUCCUGCUCUUCCAGCACCGACAGUGGGUCGCCGGCGGUCUCAUCUACAGCUUCGGACUCGGCGUCAAGAUGACACUGCUACUGGUGCUCCCGGUGGUCGGCAUCCUCAUCUUCUUCGCCAAGGGCGUAUUUGGAACCAUUGCGCUGGGCGGGUUGAUGGCAGGCUUGCAGGCACAGCUCGCGGCGCCUUUCCUCAAGCACCCCAGCGCUUACUUCGGGCGGGCCUUCGAGUUCUCUCGCCAGUUCCUUUUCAAGUGGACCGUCAACUGGCGCUUCGUGGGCGAGGAGACCUUUCUCAGCCGGGCUUUCUCGACUUCCCUGCUCGCCUUGCAUGUUUCCGUCCUCUUGACCUUCAUUUUCACCAGAUGGCUCCCACCGACGGGAAAGUCAUUAGGAGACGUUCUCAAGGCAACAUUGAGCCCCGACAGCCGUGGGCGAAACUGGCAGCCAUUGUUCCGAGGAUUCACGCCAAAGUACAUUCUGACUACUAUCCUAACCGCCAACGUCGUCGGCCUCCUCUUCGCCCGGUCUCUUCAUUACCAGUUCUACUCCUACCUGGCCUGGUCCACCCCCUACCUCCUCUGGCGCGGUGGCCUGCAUCCUGUGCUGCAGUACGUCUUGUGGGCCCUCCAGGAGUGGGCAUGGAACGUGUUCCCCAGCACACCACUCAGCUCGGCGGUUGUGGUCGGUGUUAUGGCAACAACUGUGACGGCUGUAUGGUUCGGCACGUCGGAUGAAGCAGCAUCUUCGGCUGCUCCGGACCCGUCCGUUGGUAAAGCUGGGGCGCCAACUCGGUCUAUUCGGAAGCCUUAG